AUGGCAACCAUUGAAGCCAAGCUUCAGCCAAACCCACCUGUGAUGAAAAACCAAAAGCUGUUUCUUGGUGCCCAAAUUUGCUUGAGGUCUUUUGCCUUGGCUACUACAUUAGCUGCAACAUGGAUCAUGGUCACAAGCAAACAGUCCGUCGAGAUUGUUGGCAUAGCCUUUGAUGCUAGAUAUAGCUACUCCUCUGCUUUCAAGUUCGUGGCUUUUGCAAAUGCUGUUGUGAGUGCUUGUUGUUUGGUGUCCUUGCUCUUUGUUUUCCUUCUCCAUCUCCGAGGCUCAAAUCCCAAUCACUACUUCUUCUUCUUCCUCCAUGAUUUGUUCAUCAUGUGCUUGGAGCUUGCUGGAUGCGCGGCUGCAACGGCAAUAGGGUUCGUGGGGAAGUAUGGAAACAGCCACACUGGUUGGACUCCGAUUUGUGAUCACUUUGAGAAGUUCUGUCACAGAGUAACAAAAUCUGUGAUUCUCUCCUACGUGUCUCUCGUAGUAUUACUGAUGCUUACUGUUGGCUCAGCAAUCAAGUCUAGAGAGAUUCGGGUUUAG